AUGGCGCGCCAGAAACAAGCUGCGCCUUUGCAACGCGCCACGUCCUCUGAACUGAUGCAUAUGCCUCCGGAUGAUGCGCAGUCGCUGGAUAAGAAGAUGAAUGGGAAAUCUUCCGUCACAAAUGGAAGUGCUUCUGGAAAGCAUGCGGCGCAGGACAAUGCGCCGGACACCCCCGGCUUGAUGCAGCUUGCGAUCUGUGUUCUUGGAAUCUAUGCUUCUUUUCUUUCCUGGGGUGUGCUUCAAGAAGCCAUCACCACCGUAUCCUAUCCUACUCAUGCUCCGACUGCUGAAGUCCCCGAACCACCGACAGAGCGCUUCACCUACUCGAUUGUCCUGAACACGAUCCAGUCGACCUUUGCCGCCAUCACCGGCUUCCUGUACCUGUUCUUUUCGACUCCGUCCGGCCAGAAGAUCCCCUCUCCCUUCCCAACCAAGAAAAUCGUCUUUCCCCUGCUCCUGGUCAGCAUCUCCUCUUCUCUCGCAUCGCCCUUUGGAUAUGCCAGUCUCGCGCACAUCGACUACCUCACCUUCAUCCUCGCCAAAUCGUGCAAGCUUCUGCCUGUCAUGUUCCUGCACCUGACCAUCUUCCGCAAGAGAUACCCUCUGUACAAGUACGGUGUCGUUCUCCUGGUCACCCUCGGAGUCGCUACAUUCACCCUCCACCACCCCGGAACCAGCAAGAAGGUCGCCGCAUCAGCCGCUAAGGGCCAGUCCGGCUCAAGCACAUGGGGAAUCUUCCUCCUUUCCAUCAACCUGCUCCUGGACGGCCUCACGAACACCACCCAGGACCACGUCUUCAGCUCUCCGCAGCUGUACACGCGCUUCACGGGACCGCAAAUGAUGGUUGCCCAGAAUGUCCUCUCGACCGUCCUGACGAGCAGCUACCUGUUGAUCAUGCCCCAUCUGUCCUCCACCGGCAUCCUGCACAACCUUCUCCCUUUCCCCAUUCCCCCAUCCACAGAAACUGAGCUGAACUCCGCCAUUGGCUUCCUGUCCCGUCACCCGGAAGCCCUGAAGAACGUGCUCGGAUUCGCCGCCUGCGGAGCCAUCGGACAGCUGUUCAUCUUCUACACGCUGUCGCGCUUCUCAUCCUUGCUCCUGGUCACAGUGACGGUCACGCGCAAGAUGCUGACCAUGCUCCUGAGUGUGUUCUGGUUCGGCCACUCCCUCUCCGCAGGUCAGUGGCUGGGCGUGGGUCUUGUCUUUGGCGGUAUUGGCGCUGAAGCUAUCGUCCAACGGCAGGAGAAGGCAGCCAAGGAGCGAGCGAAGGCAGCUAAGAAGCAGUAG